UUAUUAGGCUGUAUUUGCACAGAGUGAGUGCCUUUGUAAAGAUGUAAUGACGAGGAACUGCUUAAUAGACUCGCUAUAGCCGUUAGGUUGACAAUGUCUAUAGUUCAUUGAUAUAUGUGAUAUGCUUUGUAAGUUCUUUAUAUUUGGGGCAGAUGUUGAUUAGACAUUCAUUUAGAUGCCGGAUUCAUCGUUCUGGCAGUCUAUAAGGGUCCACUUCACAGAAACUGACCAGGACUGUUCAGUCGGACAUACUCAAGAUCAAGGGAAGUUUUGUUAUGUGAGACACUAAAAUCCACCCGGAAAUCAUGACUCCAGCUAGGACUGUAGUUUUUCUCCUUUUCUUGCCAAUUUGUUUGGGAUCCAUCAGUUUCACUCUUCAGGAAGAAGAGCCAAUAGACACUCUGAUAGGAAACAUUGCCACAGAGAGUGAACUUGCCAGCAACAUGACAAAUGAAGAAUUCAAAAGCCUGAAAUAUGAUUUUUUGGACCAAACCAAAAUGGCUUCCUUGUUCACUAUCAAUAAUGACAAUGGAAACAUUUACACAGCAGUUGUGAUUGACAGAGAAACGGAGUGCAGCUUUAAGGAGGUGUGCUCUCUCGAUUUCGAUGUGAUGGUGCGAUCCACUGUUAGCACAAGAUAUGAGAUUAUUUCUGUGAAUAUUAUUAUUCUGGAUGUUAAUGACAGAAGUCCUACAUUUGAUCCAAAUGUUAUUACGGUGCAAAUUUCUGAAUCGGAAGCAGUGGGAACCACCAUUGGAAUAGACGGUGCAUCAGAUUCAGACUCAAGUGCCAAAAACAGAAUACAGAAUUACACCAUUCUUCCUGUUGAUGGGCCUUUUGGAUUAAAUGUGACAAAGAAAGAUGGAGGAUAUAUAUUGAAACUAGUCUUAAAAAAGACACUGGAUAGGGAGUCAAUAAAUUCCUAUCAAGUCGAUAUAGUGGCUUUUGAUGGAGGUCUUCACCCUAACUCUGGGACUUUGUCAGUCACUGUGGAAGUAACAGAUGCCAAUGACCACUCUCCUGUUUUUUCUCAAAGUAUUUAUGAGACUAAGGUCAGGGAAGGGGUUCAAAUCGGUACAUCCGUCCUGAGAGUGUCAGCUUCAGAUGCUGAUGAAGGAAAAAAUGCAGAAAUCAGGUACCAUUUCAGUCCCACCCAGUCAGAUCUUGAUGAAAUAAAGAAGAUUUUUGCCAUUAAUGAUACCACUGGGGACAUUUCUGUAGUGGGUGAUUUAGUGUAUGAAGCAGGCAAGGUUUAUGAGAUCAGUAUUGAGGCCACAGACUUGGGACAACAGCCUGCAGAGUCUCAGUGUAUGGUCAGGAUUACAGUGGAGGAUUUCGGAAACAACCCUCCCAAAGUCCGAGUGAAUUUCCUCUCCUCCAGCAGUAUAGGCAUGGUCAAUGUCUCUGAAUCCUCAAAACCAAAGUUAGUCAUUGCUCAUGUCAAUGUGGAAGAUACAGACUCUGGUUCCAAUGGAGUAGUGACCUGUGAUAUCUCUGACAAUUCCUUUGCUCUAGAGGCUGUUCAGGGAAAGGGGUAUGUUGUCCUUAUAAAGUCUCCCCUAGACAGGGAGACAAAAGCUAUCCAUAAUGUGACUGUAACAUGCCAAGAUCAGGGAACCCCAAGGUUGAUGACCUCUGUACAUUUUCUUGUCCAUGUUCAGGAUGAAAAUGACCACAGUCCAAAAUUCAAACAGGCCAUAUACUUUUCAGCCAUCAAUGAGAACAAUGCUGUAGGAGAUUUCAUCACCCAGGUACUGGCCAUUGAUGAUGACUAUGGUCUCAAUGCUCUAGUUAGAUACCAGCUUUCGUCUGACUCCAACAACUUGUUUGCCAUUAACCCUGAAACAGGAGUGAUCACAGCAAACACAAGAUUUGACAGAGAAACAAAUCUAUUUUACAAGUUUACUGUUAUUGCACUGGACAGAGGGAAUCCACCUAAAUCCAGCACUGCUUCAGUGGUGCUCAAUAUCAGUGACAUUAAUGAUAACCCACCGGUCUUUCAGGUACCAGAAUUCCAAUUUUUUGUGCUGGAGAACUCUGAUCCCUACACAAAGAUAGGAUCUGUCAGUGCCACUGACAAGGAUGAAGGAAGUAAUGGGGAUGUGGUGUUUAAGCUGUCUCAGAAUUCUGAUGUUCCGUUUACAGUUCAGACUGAUGGGAGUAUUCUGACCAACAAGUCGUUAGACAGAGAAAUCAGUAGUAGCUACAGCUUCCAGGUUUGGGCUCGUGACCUUGGUUCACCAUCACUGAGCAGUGAGAUUACAGUCAAUGUUUUAGUGCGGGAUCAAAAUGACAAUGCUCCGUUUAUUGUAUACCCCUCCAAAGACAAUAACACAAUGUCCAUCUCCUAUCUUGCUCCUGUUGGUUCCAAAAUAUCCAGCAUUAAGGCCUAUGACUUGGAUGAGGAGGGUCCCAAUAGCCAGCUAGAAUAUCUCUUCAAUAAUGGUAAUGAGCUAGAUAUUUUCUACAUUGGAAGAAACACAGGGAAAAUCUCACUGAAGAAAACCUAUCAAAUAGAUAUGGAUGUGACCUUCGCUGUGUCUGUCCUUGUGAAAGACAAGGGAGAUAAUCCACAGCAUAAUAUUACAAACUUUUACAUUGUGUUGAAGUAUUCCAAUGGAACAACUGUUGAAGCUCUUGAAGACAAUGGAAAUAAGAACAUUGUAAUCUCUGUCAUCAUUGUCUGCUUCACCAUUUUGAUAUCAGCUGUCAUAUUUACUGUCAUCUGCAUUCUCUGUCGCCAAGACAAAAAGCUGAAAAAGUCCUAUAUUCAAAACUCAGACAAGACCCUUUAUGACCAGAAAGUACCAGAAGUCGUGAUGGAGGUGACCCCAGAAAUUAACGGAGUUCUGUGUAACCCUGGAGACACACCGACUAAGAAGAAGAAAAAGGAAGUCAGUUUUACGCUGGAUGAAGAGAAUCAUAACAUGGUCCCUGGCUUCAGUAAUCAAGAUUUUAAUGGCAGGUCACACAAUCAGGGACCCCCAGUUCUUGAACCAGACUAUGAUGGUGCUCCUACAGAAUUCCAAAAUUUCCCUCCCAACUCCCCCUAUAUAACUAACAACAGACCAUCUGGUCAUAAACAGAGACAGCCACUGCCCUCUACAGACAAUUUCAGUGAUUCCUCAGGGGACACAACUACUGCAGAUAGCGGAAGAGGGGGAAGUGACCUUGACCUAAGUCAUAUACAUAGACAAGAUGACACAGGAUCAGAGUAUGCCAAACUACAAGCCCCUGGUUCCCUAAACAAAGUGCAUCUUCCUCAUUUUGACAAUUUUAUUCAGCACACACAUGGACACUUGAAAGCCCAGCCCUACAGUGCUAUGCAUCAGACACACUCAAAUAAUACAUCAGGACAGUGGAACCCUUCAUAUGUCUGACAAAAAUCCUAGAUCCACCACAGAUUUUCAUAAAAUUUCUUGAUCUUCCAGUCCUAUAGGAUCAUUGUAUGAAAACUACAGCAAUAACAUUUAUGUGUGGAAGGAAAUUCAUCUCUUGUUGAUCUCAUUUUUGAUGGUGCUUAUUUCACAGAAACUAUUCUUGUGUGCAUUUUGUUUAGUUGACAUUACUGUGUACAUUAACCCCCAACCUUACUAGUAUUCAAAAAUUAUAAUCUUCCCAAGCUGUGUGGAAGAUAUUCUAUUACAAAGAGCAGAAAUGACAAAGUUCCUUUCAAGAUGACUCUAAUAUACCUCAUUAGAUUUAUCCAUGACAUUCAGAGGUAUAACAGUGCCAGCAUCCUGAUGACCUACUGAACAACGCCAGGAAAACGUUGUACAACAUGACUGCUACCGUUUAUUAUCAUAAAUUACACAUUGUCUU